AUGGAGCUUUUCGUCAAGGAGCUCGGACCAACCGUGCUGACGACUGACGGCAGAGUCCUCAUUUGCAAGGUCUGCGAGAAAGAAGUCAAAGCAAGUGUUUUCAAUAUGGAUCUCUGUCAAAUGUCGGUAGAAACAAAUAUUCCCUUGUACAAGGUGCAGGAUCCGUCUUUCAAGAACUUCAUGUUGAAGUAUUGCAAGGAGAUCCUGCCCGACCAUACGACGCUCCGCAAACAUUACCUUAAGAAACUGUAUGAGGGCACGAUCCAUCGGAUACGAUCCGCUAUCGGAGACAAACGGAUAUGGGUCUCUAUAGAUGAGACCACCGACGCGAAGGGGCACCCGUACUCACUCGAUGGGGGCACCUGGCUCUCCGCGGCUCUGUACUACGCGAGGCAUUUGGAGGACAUCAAACGUGUGUUAGAGGAGCUCGACGAAAGCGAAGCCGCUGCAAUCAAGAAGUCCAAGGAUUUGUUGCUCAAUACGAGCGUGAAGUCACACCUCACUUUCAUCGCUGCGAAUUUCUCGGCUCUGCCCGACUACAUCAAAAAACUAGAAUGUAGCUCGCAGAUGCUGAGCGUGACGCUCAAAAUUUUCAACGAAUUCAAACAACGCAUCAAUGAGGCCGAGGGACCCAAGGGAGAGAUGGUAAAGAGCAAACUGAAACGUGUCCUCCAACAAAAUCCAGGGUUCGAAAUUUUGACCCAAAUCGAAAGGGCUCUCUCAGGUGAGGCAGGUGGCCCCUCAAUCGCGGAGAUGUCUGUCGCCGAAAUUUCCUGUUUCAAGUACGCUCCUGCAGUCAGUGUGGAUGAAGAGCGGUCCUUCUCCCGCUACAAAUCACUUCUCUCCGAUCGACGGCACGGUCUGACGCCGGAAAAUGCCAAGUUUCACAUGAUACCGAUGUGCAAUGUAACUCCUGUAGAAUAG